CCCGGGAUCCCUGACCUCCACAGCUUCCUCCCUCCCCUUCCCCCUCCUGGCCUGCCAGAUUUUUUCCCUCCGGCCAACUCGGACUUCAUAGCAGGCUAGCUCGCUCGGCCCAGGCCACGCAGGCCUCGCCUUCUCCGCGUUCCCUCGCGUGGGUGGACAGUAUGUAUUCGCCUGUGCGCUCCGAAUCUCUCCCAGUGUACAGCGAGCUCUAGCCUACGUGUUACUUCCGAAGUUUUUGGUGACUGGAAAAGUAGGCUUUGGCUACGCCGAGCCUAUCUCACGGAACUAAUUGCGUUCGGUUCCUUCCUGCACCAUUCUUCUUGGUGCUUCAUUCGUGGUCACGUUCGUCACGGUAUACCAGCGUCAUGUAUAUGUAUCCUUCGGUGCCUGACCUCGCCAGCGCCUCUCCGACGUCUCGGCCGAUGGACAAGGAAGCUGAGCUGAUGGCAAGAAAUGGAGAGAAGCAUGAACAGCUCAUCACAGUGGUACAGCCUGGAUCUGUCAUGAGAAAAGGAGUUCUUUCGAUGCAGAGAGAUCGUCUGAUGUCCAGGUGGCAGGAGAGGUUCUUCAUUCUGGUGCCAGACUACUUGGCUUGCUUCAAGAGGAAGAAACACACUGGUUCUGACAUGGGUGCCUUCCAGUUCAAACUCAGUCUUGUGGAUAUAGAAGCAGUGGGAAGUGUGGAUUGUUCCAACAAUACAUUGGUGUUAGGCAUCAGAAAUGAGGGGCGGAUAGUUCUUCGAGACACAAAUUUAUCAUCCCUUCAUGAGUGGAAAAAGUCCCUUGAUGAAGCUGUUGCCAACAGCAAAUCCAGGCGUCAGGCACUGAGGAGUAAUAGAUGCUCCCAAGUUCUUGACCCCAACCUACUUCUGCGAAGAAUUCUCAUGGAUCGAAAUGACUUACAUGAAUCUUCUGGAAGCUCUGCCUUGAGAACAAAUGAGGUACAACGUAUAUCUACUCAUGGGACCGACUGUGUGGAUUCAGAAGGAAAACGACAGGUGUUAGAACAAUCUUCCUCUCCCAAUGCUCGCAUUUGGAUGAAUGGAAAGAUUGAUAAGAAGUACCAAAGGUUUUCACUGUUGCCAGAUGUGAACCUGAGCCGGUACCUGGACAGUUGGGGAUGGAAGAAAGAUCGAGACCGAGAUCGGGAGACUGAAUCCAGGGAGCCUUCCUCCACAUCUCCUUGCUCAUCACCUGCAUCCUCCUCAUCCGGGGGUUCAGGAUCUGUUGGAAGCUCUUCUCACGAUUCUGGUUGUGGAUCUCUGUCAGGCUCUGAGAGGACACACAGUGGACCAGGUUUCCAACAGAAUGCAGGGGGCAAGAAGCAUCUCUAUGUUUCCCCAGCCACCCAAGUGUAGAGAUCCAAUGCACAACAAUGGAAAAUUUCCCAUUUUGGGCUGAAAGAUCGUGACAUCAUGAUGCCUGUCAAAUGAUUGGAAGUAUCCAUGUUUAUCAAAUUAUGAUUUAUUCAAAUACUUAUUCCCAAUGAACUUGACGAUUCUCAAUGAAUCAA